UGAUAAGUAAUCUGUAACUGGGUGUGGCUUCUACUACCAAAUAAAUGCGGCUGUGCUCUCGGAACUAGGACCCUUAAACUGUGGGGACCACAUAAAAAAGCAGUUCAGAUCUUGGUCGCCUUGUCCAGCUUGUCUCGGAAAGACCCCACCAACCCACAUUCUCUACCCAACUCUUUCAUCAGCCUCAUCCAUCCGCCAAUCUACCAUUAAUCAUCGAACAUCGAACCUGAUCAUAGCAUCUUUCCAGUCGACGAAUAAAUAUAUUCCAUUUUAUUAUAUCGCCGAAAAUACAACUAUAUCCCAUUCGAAUUAUCUAUAAAUAAGCCGAACCGACGUUUGAAUUACUCCGCUUGUCGCUUUGUUCCUUACCACCCCCUAGCCCGAACCCGCCUCCGUAAAGGAGCGUCUAGCAACAUGGGCAAUACAACGAGCGCCGUGCUCGAUAACAUCGUGCAAGGGUCGAACUUCGACCGGGAUGAGGUUGACAGACUUAGGAAGCGGUUCAUGAAGCUCGAUAAAGAUAAUUCGGGCACGAUCGAACGAGAUGAGUUCUUGAGCUUACCACAGAUAUCGUCGAACCCCCUAGCUACGAGAAUGAUAGCGAUCUUCGACGAGGAUGGUGGUGGCGAUGUGGAUUUCCAGGAGUUCGUGUCGGGACUGAGCGCGUUCAGCAGCAAGGGCAAUAAGGAACAGAAGCUGCAGUUCGCAUUCAAGGUUUACGACAUCGACCGAGACGGAUACAUCUCGAACGGAGAGCUGUUCAUCGUGCUGAAAAUGAUGGUGGGUAGCAACUUGAAGGACCAGCAGCUGCAGCAGAUCGUCGACAAGACGAUCAUGGAGGCCGACCUGGACAAGGACGGCAAGAUCAGCUUCGAGGAGUUCACUAAGAUGGUCGAGACGACCGAUGUUAGCAUGAGCAUGACUUUAGAUCAAUUCUAGAUACCUAGCUAUACCGCAAUGCAGCCAUAGUAAUGAAUCAUGAGGUUUGGGACGCCAUAUAUUUGGACGACGUGUCUGUUUAUGCUGCAGGUACAACGUUUGCCGCACGUGAAGACUUGAUUAUUCGGACUCGAUCCGCAUAUGGCGUAUAUGGACUCGGGGGGUGAUUGCAUGAGUGAAUGUUUGCAAGUUGAGUUAGUUGCCGUCGUUUUUUGGCUCUUUGAAAUCUAAGAAUGGCCCUUAUCCGACUCUGAUGCAUUUAACUCAAUAUUUCAAUCCUAUCAGCAUGAAUAAUGAUCAUCCCAGCCUCGGGCUUAACUGGUUACUAUUCCUCACC